GGCCGGCAGCACUAGGGGAGGGGAUCGUCCCCCUGUAUCCGGCACUAGUGAGGCUGCGUCUUGAGCACUCGGUUCAGUUUUGGGCCUGUCACGACAAGAAGGACAUUGAAGGAUUGGAGCAUGUUCAGAGAAGGGUAAAGAAGCUGGUGAAGGGUCUGAAGAACGAGUCUUAUGAGGAGCAGCUGAGGGAACUGGGGCUGUUCCUCCCCUGGAAACUCAGGGAAGACCUCAUUCUCUGCAACUCCCUGAAAAGGAGGAAGAAUGCCAGCUGUGGGACAAGAAGUGCAGGCCGUGCCACGUCCACGGGCACUGGUGGGAUGUGGCGGUUCUACACUGAGGACUCCCCAGGGCUCAAAGUUGGACCUGUUCCAGUUUUGGUCAUGAGUCUUCUUUUUAUUGCUUCUGUGUUUAUGCUGCACAUCUGGGGUAAAUACACUCGUUCAUAGACUCAUCUGCCAACUUAAAGCAUACAUCUUGGACCAAAAAUGUGGUGGAUCCUGGUUGUUCUUGGAGAGAGACUGGGGAAGCUUCCUAUCACCAGUUGAAGUCCUGUCAACUUUGGCUCUAAUAUUGAAUGAAUUUCUCAGUUCACUAUUUGGGCAGGUUUAAAGUCUGUCAUGGGUCAUUUUAUAUUUGUAUCUGUACACUUAGAAUACAGGUAUUGCAAUAAAAGUUGUAUAUGGUAAUAGAAA